GCGGCGUCUCAUAUAUAGGCGUGGGGUGUCCUAGCGUUCCCGGGUCCGUUACGAAAUCGCAGAGAGGAGAGGGAAAAAAAUCCUUCCUUCCCCGUCCCUCUCCCUCCUCGUCGCGAUGUACAACGGCGUGGGUCUCCCGACCGCGCGGGGCUCCGGCACCAGCGGCCGCGUGCAGUCCAACAACUUCCUCCUCCGUCCCCGUCCCUCUCCCUCUCCCUCCUCGUCCGCCGCAUCCGUCCCCGGCGGCGCGCGCGGCUUCAGGGAGGAGAUGGCGGAGCACGAGCGGAAGCGGGCGCUGGAGUCGCGGCUGCUGGAGCUGCGCGAGGCGCUCGAGGAGCAGGGCUACACCGAGGCCGAGACCGAGGCGCGCGUCGCCGAGGCCCGCAAGGCCGCCGAAGAGGAGGAGGCCAAGCAGUCCGCGGUGAAGGAGGAGCGCGGCUGCUGGCCGAAGGGGAAGCCUCUCUAGGGUUCCUCCUGACUAUCGCCGCCGUCGCUAGUCUUCCGCCGUGGAACUCGCCCUGAUUACCAGAUGGAAAAUUUUAGAAUUUGUUGCUGAAUUGCUUGCUGUUGAUCUAUAUGUUUGCUUGUACUGCACCAGUGAUUUCUCUCAGUAUGUUGUUUGGAUUUCCAAUUAUUAUGCAAAUGGGUAAAUCAAUGUACA